AUGAACAGCUUCUUUCAAAAGAAAUUGCAUAGACGAUGGACUUGGGUAAGUCCAAAUGGAAGAACAAAAAAUGAAAUAGACUUUUUUAUCACGACGCGGAAAAGAUUUGUAACAGAUGUUACAGUUCUAAAUAAAUUCGGUAUAGGGAGUGAUCAUAGAGCUGUAAGAAUAACUGUAAGAAUAAACGCCAGAAAUGAACGACAAAAAAUGAUAAGAAAGAAACAACAAAUAAAGUGGGAGACCCCAGAAGAUAUUGAUGCAUAUAAUACUUUCUUAACUAAAUCCCUGAACACGAACCAGUCACUAGACAUAAACAUAUUAAAUGAAGAAAUCACUGGAACAAUAUUAAAAGCACAACAAAAAUACUGUAAAAGAGAUGGAGAUAAAGAAGAAAAAAUAAGCAAAAAUACAAAAGAUCUAAUUAGACAAAGAAAACUUCUAGUAGAACAACAAAAGGAAGAUACAAGCGAAAUAAGAACACUAAAUAAGACUAUUUCAAAAGAAAUACGGAAAGAUUUAAGGAAAUAUAACACAGAAAAAACCAGACAAGUAAUCGAAGAAAAUAAAAGUAUGAAGGUGCUUAGAAGGAGACUGGCUGAUGGGAAAAAGAAAAUCGUCAAACUCAAGGAUAACAACAAAAAAGAAACAAACAAUAGGAGAGAAUUGGUAAAAAUUGUAGAAGAAUUCUACAAGGAACUAUAUAGGAGCAGAAGAGAAGAAUUAAAUAUCACAGAAAAUAAAAUGAAAGUCGUAAACCAAGGUUCAGAACUUGUACCCGAAAUAACAAUUGAAGAGUCAAAAAAUGCCCCAACGGAAAUGAAAAACAAGAAAGCGGCAGGAGAAGACCAAAUUGUGAUAGAAGCUGUCAAAGUUGGGGGUGAGAAACUUUUAAAAGAAAUAAUCUCCCUCUUCAAUCUAUGUCUACAAAAGGGGGAAAUCCCGGAAAAGUGGAGAAAUGCGACGAUAAUUCUCAUCCACAAAAAAGGGGAUAUAACGAACUUUGAAAACUAUAGACCUAUAAGCUUGCUUUCUCACCUUUAUAAAUGGUUCACUAAGAUCGUAACGAAACGCUUGGAACGAAAGUUAGACUUUUAUCAGUCCAGAGAACAGGCGGGGUUCAGAAUAGGGUAUGGAACAAACGACCAUUUGCAAACGAUUAAGAUACUGAUAGAAAAAUCCAUAGAAUAUAAUAGGCCCCUCGUAAUGAUAUUUGUCGAUUUCAGAAAGGCGUUUGACACAGUUGAACUUCCAGCAAUUUUAUCAGCCCUGCAACAAUGUAGGAUAUACUACAGAUACGCAAACUCAUUAAACACAUUUAUGAAAACGCAACUCUAA